AUGCAGCAACCCUCGAGCCCCCAGGCCCCGUCCACCGAGCGCGUCGUCACCGAGCAGCCCUCCACCCAAGAACAAAUGCAGAUGAACCUCCGCGGUGGUGGCGGUGGCGGCGUGUGCUGUGGCGUUUGCGCGGGGUUGUUGUGCUUUGAGUGCUGUGAGGAGUGUUGCUAGACCUGAUCUUUCUG